AUGUGGAAAACAUGGCGACUAUUUAAUCUGGAAAAGCAAAAUGAUCACCAAACAUAUAUCACCACUAGCAUCACACACACACCAGUCACCACUAAGUUCACCAUCACAGAGCGCAACGAUACAUUCCAGGUGUCACGGUGUGCCGGGAGCAGCAGCAGCAGCAGCAGGGACAAUGCCUCCACAACUGCCGAAUAUGACGCCUACUCUCCCACGAAGUCCCUCAAGGAGCUAAUCCCGAGAAUAGGUCCUCCUGUAGUACCGAAACCCGAAGACGUAGACAAUGCCACCGUACACCCCCUGCAGCAGCAACAGCAGCAGCAGCAACAGGAACAACAGGAGCAGCCAGCAUGCCGCAUGGGAUACGGCAUCAUGGACUACUAUCCCACGCAGGAUAGGUACUACCAACACCAGACGUGCUACUGGUGCUACCACUUCGUCCCCGCCCACAGGAGGAAGCAUCACCUCAGUGUGGUGAGAGAUCGCAUCAUCCUCCACGAUGGGAAACAGAGGCUGGACUUCAAGUUUGCUGUUGAGAACGCGACGUAUUACUGGGACCCCGAGGACCAGGAGGCGUGGGCGGUGGUGACGGACUCACUGGUGGACGGACUGGAGGCCGCUAAGUUAAGGGACUGCUGCACGGCGGCUCUCUCCUGCUGCCUCCAUGCCCUUACCCUUCCUCGCAGUGAGUGCCCUGGGACCUGGGACGGGUGGAGCUGCUUCCCGCCCACCCCGGCCUCCACCACCGUCUCCGUCACCUGUCCGCCCUACGCCUAUAAGGGCAAGCCGGAGUGCGCACUUGAAGCACGGAAGGAGUGUCUGGGAGACGGAACCUGGGCGCGUAAUAGCAGGGAUAUUGAAGAGACCAACUACGCCUCCUGCAGCCAGAGGCACUAUCACCUCUUUAUAUAUUACUGGGAGGCAGCCAUGCACACCUUCUCUCUCCUGGCUCUCUGUCCCGCCAUCUUCAUCAUUAUCUACUACAGACAGCUUCGGGUUCAAAGGUUUUACCUGCAUCUCAAUUUCUUCUGCGCCCUCCUCGGGAAGGCUUUCUUCAAUCUGCUGGACGUCCUCGUCCUGCGGGUGCCUGAGUACACGGGGACCAACACACUGUUGGACGACAACACGGCUGGCUGCCGACUGCUGGUCUUCCUGACCAAGAUGUGCAGCCUGGCCGUGUGGACCUGGAUGCUGGCGGAGAGUGUUUACCUCCAUCGCCUCAUCGUCGCCGCCUUCAGGGGCGGUGGAAAGACCUAUGUUUACGUUCUCAUUGGCUGGGUUCCCGCUGUUGUGUUGGGCAUAUCAUGGGCUGUGAGUCGCGCCAUAGUGGAGGACUACCAGUGCUGGCUAGGUGAUGAUCACAGCCACGGAGCCGACCUCUACCUCAUCACUGAGUUACCCAAGAUGAUCAUACUUAUAGUGGACGCGACGCUACUGGCCAACAUGCUGAGAGUGCUCCUCACCAAGCUAAGGAACGUCAACAACGACACCUCCACUGCCACAAGGCGUGCAGUGAAGGCCACAUCCUUCCUCCUGCCGAUGUUUGGACUCCAGUUCUUCAGCACCAUCGCCAUUCCUCCAGACACCGUCAGCUGCUCGGCCAUGCAGAUGUAUAGCCUUGUGGCGUCAAGUCUGGAUGGACUGCAAGGACUAUAUGUGGCCCUUGUCUACUGCUUUCUCAAUAAGGAGGUGAAAUUACAAGUACGCCGCUCAGUCUAUCGCCUCAGGGGUCACAUUGCCCCGGACCGGUCUUAUGGUACGUCUUACGACCCCCGCACGGACGUCAGCCUCCUGAAUAGCGUCACCGAGCGGUCGUACGACCCCCGCACGGACGUCAGCCUCCUGAAUAGCGUCACUGAGCGGUCGUACAAUCCCCGCACGGACGUCAGCCUCCUGAAUAGCGUCACCGAGCGGUCGUACGUCGCCUCUUACGAUCCCCGCAAGGAGGACAGCCUUAAUCACAGCUCCGCUGCCGCUACCACCACCAUCAUCAAUCUCAGUACCCCUGCCGUCGCCACCUCCGUCCACGAAAUCCUAACUUCCGUCGACGAAACACCCACUUCCGUCGAUGAAACACCCACUUCCGUCGACGAAACACCCACUUCCGUCGACGAAACACCCACUUCCGUCGACGAAACACCCACUUCCGUCGAUGAAACACCCACUUCCGUCGACGAAACACCCACCUACGUCGACGAAACACCCACUUCCGUCGACGAAACACCCACUUCCGUCGACGAAACACCCACUUCCGUCGACGAAACACCCACUUCCGUCGACGAAACACUCACUUACGUCGACGAAACACCCACUUCCGUCGACGAAACACCCACUUCCGUCGACGAAACACCCACUUCCGUCGACGAAACACUCACUUACGUCGACGAAACACCCACUUCCGUCGACGAAACACCCACUUCCGUCGACGAAACACCCUCUUCCGUAGACGAAACACCCUCUUCCGUAGACGAAACACCCUCUUCCGUAGACGAAACACCCUCUUCCGUAGACGAAACACCCACUUCCGUAGACGAAACACCCUCUUCUGUAGACGAAACCCUAACCUGCGUCUUCCGCACGAACGCCAAUAGUACUAAUAAUAAUUAA